GUAGCCAGAGCAGGUGGAGGGCUGGGAGGCAGAGGCGGAGGGCCUGCCAUGGCUCGGCCUCUGGGGCCAGAGCAUCAGCUACCUGCUCUCCCCGCCUUGCCUGCCCCUGAUGCCUGCCAGACUUUUGCCUUUGCCGGGGCCCCUGCCUGACCGGCCUCCCCUCCCUGUCCGGUUGGGAUUUGGGGGCUGAGCUGUCUGGGGUCUCAGGGCCAAUGCAGUGCCGGCUCCUCCGGGGCCUGGCAGGCGGCUUCCUCACCCUUCUGUGCAUGGGGCUCCUCUCUCUGCGGUACCACCUGGGCCAGUCCGCGAAGAGCGUGCAGGAGACCCUGGGGCUGAGCCCACCGAGCCCUCGGCCCCCUGAGCUGCAGCUGCAGGACGUCUUCAUCGCCGUGAAGACGACCCGCGCCUUCCACCGCUCUCGCCUGGAGCUGCUGCUGGACACGUGGGUCUCCAGGACCAGGGAACAGACAUUUGUCUUCACUGACAGCCUGGAUGAAGGCCUCCGGGAAAGACUGGGGCCCCACCUGGUGGUCACCAACUGCUCUGCGGAGCACAGCCACCCAGCCCUGUCCUGCAAGAUGGCUGCCGAGUUCGAUGCCUUCCUGGCCAGCGGGCUGAGGUGGUUCUGUCACGUGGACGACGACAACUAUGUAAAUGCGAAGGCGCUGCUGAAGCUGCUGAGAGCCCUGCCUCAGACCCUUGACGUCUACAUCGGCCGUCCCAGCCUGAACCGGCCCAUCCACGCUUCCGAGCCCCAGCCCCGCAACCGCACGAGGCUGGUACGGUUCUGGUUUGCCACCGGGGGUGCCGGCUUCUGCAUCAACCGCAAACUGGCUUUGAAGAUGAGCCCGUGGGCCAGCGGCACCCGCUUCGUGCGCACAUCUGCGCUCAUCCGGCUUCCUGACGACUGUACUGUGGGCUACAUAAUUGAGUGCAAGCUGGGUGGCCACCUGCAGCCCAGCUCCCUCUUCCACUCCCACUUGGAGACCCUGCAGCUGCUGGGGGCUGCCCAGCUCCUGGAGCAGGUCACCCUCAGCUAUGGCGUCUUUGAGGGGAAGCUCAACGUCAUUAAGCUCCAGGGCCCCUUCUCCCCCGAGGAGGACCCCUCCAGGUUUCGCUCCCUACACUGUCUCCUCUACCCAGACACUCCCUGGUGCCCACAGCUGGUGGCCCGAUGAACCCUGAACUGCUGGGCAGCUGUUGCUGAGGCCUCCCGUUGUCUCUCGCCUCCCAAGGCAGCCCCGAGAGCCUGUGGCCACGCCCUGGUGUGGGGAGGCCCAGGAUUGGCUGGUGACUGCUGGUGCAGGCCUCCCAGACUCCUGGGAGGGGGUGGGACAGCUCAGGGACCGGGCGAAGGCCAGAGAGGCCCCAGGUGCCAGGCUCCCAUGGGCCCUGGUGGGGGCCAUUGAGCUGAGCUGGGGCUCGAGUCCUAACCCUCCAGAGAAUUACAUGGGCCCCUGGCUGGGGUGUGGGGCCACCCCCAGCUCUGGUCUCUCAGUCAUUGCCCUGGGUCAGUCACUGGGCCACCCACUCUUGGAUCUGCAACCACUGAAGGGCCCCAGUUGGAAAGUGGCUGGACGCAGGGUCUGUGGCGGACGCUGCUGUCACUGACCAACUUCAGCUCCUCGCUCCCACCCCUUGCUAACAACCCGAUUUUCUUUGGAGUAUCAGCCUGCCCGCGUCAGACGAUGAGUCAUCGCGGGUCCCAGCCAACCUGACGACCCUCUCGCUCACUUUCUCAGGAUCCUCUUGCUCACUUUCUCAGCUCCCGGCGCUGUCUGAACUCUGACGUGCCCCGCUCAGUCCAGAGUCUGAGCUGUUCGUUAGUGUGAACUGGCAAAGCCAGUGGAGAGGAUUCUGGGGAAAGUUGUGCAGCCCCGCCUCCCUCUUCCUGCUGUGAAUGUGGUUGUGAUGUCUGGAUCUGGGGCAGCCACCUUGCUGCCAUGAGGAAAGGCCAAGACAUCAUCCACACUGGUCUUGUCUAGCAUCUGGUCUAUAAGAAAA